CACGAAAAAAGUCAAGAACCUGGAAAUCGCCAAAAUGGCUAGAGGCAACCAAAGAGAUCUUGCAAGAGCCAAGAACCAAAAAAAACUACAAGAUGCUGCCAAGAGUAAGAAGAAGGAUGGUGACCCCAAGAAGAGAAUGGAAAGUGAUGCUGAAAAAAUGAGAAGAAAACAAGCAGAAGCUGACGCUAGAAAGGCUGCGGGAAAUCCAAGUUCCUGAGAACCCUGAUUCUACAAGGAACCCAGGCAUAGUCCUGAACCUGAAGAGCCCAGAACUACCUGCAAAUUGGUUAGCCAAACUGUUAUAAAGAAACUAAUUACAAUAAAUAAAUGUGUCCGAU